GAGAGAAGCAGGAGGCGGCGGCAGGGAGCGACCCGUCCCGGUGAUUCCUCCAUGGAGAGACUCGUCCUGUUAUCCCUCCACGGGACAGAGACUCGGGAACAGAAGCCGAAGCUGACACCGAGGCGCCGGACACGGUGCUGACCGCCGCAGAGCUCCUGUCCCCGGCCUGGACCGGUGGGAGGUAACGGCCCCGGAGAUAGCACCGUUAGCAAGCUCGCCAAAGAAAACCGGCAGCACUUCCGGGUUUGAUUUUCAAACAGUAAACAAGCCUCCACCGGGAACUGGAUUCUAAUAGUUGAUGUUUCUGUGGAAAUGCAUCUGAAUCCCCCACAAACAAAGACGUGACGCGAUCAUCAGUUUGCGGCAUGGGCUAACUUUGUAAAUAUGCAUCCCCGACCAACAGGAUGCCUUUAUUCUGAAGGGCAUCCGACUGUGUUUCCGCUCUGACCGGCUAUUAACUCCCGCUAACUUGACCCAGAGAAGAAGAAGAGGUGAAGUUGCGAAGGCUCGGACCAAAACAAGACUUCUCAUCUGGAGAGGGACAACGGCGCCUCGUCAUGAAUGGAACCUGACUCGUCUCCUCGCGUGGUCUCUGGGUCGAGCGCCCGUUAAACCGGAGCCACCGCUGUUACCGUGACAUCGGAGCCCCGGUUUAAAACACGAUUUGCCAUCGAAGAUCAAAAUGAACUGUCCGUCACCGACAAAUGAGGCGAAGCUCUCGUAGCUGGAGGAGGAUUCCCUGCCCUGACUUUCCCUCCUCCUCCUCCUCCUCCUCCUCCUCCUCCUGGGAUCAAUGACAGGACCCAACUCCCCGAGCCGGGCCGGCACUUCCUCGGCCAAAUUGAGCAGGCACGGCCGGUCAAAGAGCUCGAGCUCGCACUGCCUCCUCCGCUGCAGCACCCAAGAGCAAUCCUCCGCCUCUCCCCCAAAUAACAGUUCCCGAUCCCCUGGGGAGGAAGAGGAGAAGGAUGGAGGAGUUCUUUUCUAUGUCAACCGGACUGGUUUCCCCAUCGAAAGCAUCACCUGGGAGAGGAUGUGGUCCCAUGUGGCUGCUGUGCACCCUGAUGGUCAGGAGAUGGUGGACAGGAUACAAAAUGCUGCAUAUCUUCCCAGGCAUCCUGUUCCUUCAGUCCCGACCUUCAAACCGUCCAUGUCUGUCCCCGACUGGCUGGUGUCCGUCCAGAACUACAUGAAGGCCCUGCAAUACAACCAUACAGGAACACAGUUCUUUGAAAUCAAGAAGAGCCGUCCACUGUGCGGGUUAAUGGAGACAGCGAGAGAGAUGAUCAGGGAGUCUCUGCCAAUCAAAUGCCUUGAAGCCGUUAUCCUGGGAAUCUACCUGACCAACGGGCUGACGUCUCUGGAGCGUUUCCCCAUCAGCUUCAAGACUCAGUUCUCAGGCCACUGCUUCCACCACGUUGUUCUGGGCGUCUACUGCAACGGUCGCUAUGGAUCGCUGGGCAUGAGCCGCCGCCAGGACCUGAUGGACAAACCGCUCACCCACCGGACGCUGGGGGAACUGGUGGCCGAGUUUGAGAGCUCCUACAAGAGAUACCAGCACACUCUGAAGAAGGUGAAGAUCGGCCUGUAUGUGCCUCACGACCCCCACGUCUUCCAGCCAAUAGAAUGGAAGCAUUUGGUCCUGAAUGCCGCCAGACUGGGAGCUCAGGAGAUGAGGAAGGAGCUGGAGAAACACGGUCGAGACAUGAGGAUGAAGAUCCUGAAAUCCUCCAGCGCCCAAUCACCAAUCAAAGAGCGGAGCCGGGGGAAGUCCUUAUCACCGCGGCGAAGGCAGAGCAGUCCCCAGCGGCGCUUCGCUCAGCGCAGAGACAAAUCGCCAGCCUGCGUGGAGAGGAAACCUCCGGAGCUCAGCACCCUCAGCGACGGCUACCAGAUCCGCAUCUGAGCCCCUCCGUCCCCGUCCGAGACGUCCUCAGCCCCCCCCGCAUCCGUCCACACGUCUCAACCUCCCCGAUCCUAAAGACUCUACCAGCCGCCGGCGCUUUAGGUGGACGAGACACUGCAGCUCUGACAAAGGUGGACGAUGAACAAAAGUGCUUUCUGGGCUUUCAGAGGAGGAACUUCUUUGAAGCUGCGACUCGGAGAGAAAAGAUUAUUUUAUAUUUCAAGAAGAGUUUGGUUGCCUGUUCCGUCGACGUGGAUCCACGAGCAGCGGCAGCUUCUUCUUAUGUUUUUACACACUCAAACUCGGAUGUAGAAGCUCAGCGGAUGAAUUAUCUCUAAAUCUCCAACAUUCAGUCCAGAAAUCGAAGGUUGAGAGCCUGAAAUUCACAUCAAUAAACCAUCAUAUCAUCUCUGUCGCCCCCUCAGAGGUCGAUAUUAUACGUUUUCCUCAAGCUGCCAUGUUGGAGGAGUCAACAUAAAGAUGUUCCGCUGCACGAAACUCAAUUAAAAUAUAUUAAUAGACUUAACUUAAUGUUAAAGGGGAAAAUAACUUAUCCGUCCAUCUGCCGGUGCUUCACAUACCUCGAGAACCGUUCAUCUGAUCAUCUCCACACGGCUCUCGAGUGUUGUUCAGUGAAGUGCAGUGUGGGAUUUGAUGCGUUCCAUAUCGGCGGCUGGUACACGACAGGAAUGUGUCGACGGAUUCACCAGUUCAGGGUUCUACGUGCUGAGCUCGGUUUCAGAGCACAAGUCUAUGCCUGAGAAUCAAUGCGAUGACUCAACACAGGUUUUUCAUCAUUUCUCCAACAUGUCGGUGUUCAUAGAGGAAAGAGGAGGUUCCCACGCUACUCUCUCCUGUUCAUCUACUGCAGCACCUUGAUUAGUUGCACUUUGGCUUUCUCAAAAGCUUUUCAAUCGUCCAUGGUUUGAAAAAGAUGAGUAAGUUCGACUCCCACAUGCAGAUUUCCAUCGAUCUGAGUGGACGAGUUUAGAAAAAGGAACUCGUUCAAUAAGGACAAUCAAAGAGGCAGAGUCGAUAGAGUUUCAGAAAGAAGAAAAGAUGAGAGAGAGAGGAUCAUUAGAGCACUGCGGCAAACCUCCCUCUCCCUCUCUCUCUCCCUCUCCCUCGCUUCCUCUUCUCAUCUGGAUACGUAACCACAGCUGGAAAAUAACAUGACUGAGAUUUGUCUUUUUUUUUAAUCUCCACUCUGAAGAUUGUGGUUUAGAGUCGAAGGAUUCGACCGUAAAUCUGCAGCACGAAGGUGAAAAUCAGCUCGGUGAAUCAUCUCCGGUACCAAGUGGCCUGUGAGAGUCCGUUCAGUUCAGUUCACGCUCGUUAAUUUCGUAUAAAUCAAAAUCAAAUCUGAAUCAGUUUCUCUGGAUUCUCCUGUUGAGGCCUUUGAAGAAUCAAAGCUCGAAAUCAGUUCGACAUUCACGGAUGAUUUUAACCCGUCUGACACAAACAACGACACAAUAUCACAAAGAAGUGCUCAUCACACAACACAGAAAGCUGAAUUUAAAACAUACUCAUACUGUACUUGGACAUUUUGUUAUACUUUGUACUACAUACUGUAUUAUAUACAUAUGCAACGUUUACUUUUUUGUUCUAUCUGCAGAAUGUUCUGUAAAGUUUUCAGUCUGAGAACUGUCAGCUUCUAUUCAACAGAUCUAUACGGCACGUGAGAGCUCCUCAAAGGUGAAGCCAAAGCUCUCGAUUGCCACCUGGUGGCUGGGUGCAUUAUAGUUCAAAACCCCCACCUCCUCCAUGUUAGCAGUUGGGCCAAGGUAGAAAUGUUGGCUUGACAACCACAUCCCGCACUGCUGUCCCCUGACCAGCUGUCCUCACAGAAUGAAGGGGCUUGAUGCCUUGCUCAUGGGCCUCUUCAGGGAAGCUAUGCCAACUUUUUAACUCCAGCAUAACUCAGUAGAGCUCAAACCUUCGCCAAGGCCCAACAGUCCCUUCAAUUAAAUUAAACUGCACCAACAUCCUGGAUCCGCCUCCUGAUCCAGAUCAGCACCAGAUUUUAAUUGGUUCUUUCCUGACUGACAUCAGAUCCUUCCAUCAAAUAUUGUCGACCUCCAUUCUUUAGUUUUUGUGAAAUCUUGUACACAAACAUACGAAUCCACAAACAGACAGGGGUGAAAAAUAGAAGGUUAGCUCAGUGUGCUUGGUUCUCUCGUGACAAAGAACAAAAAUCCAAGUCUUCCUCACUUCAAACAAAGUGUUUGUGGCUCAAAGAGGCAAAAACAAACCACAUUUUCAAACAUCUGUACAGAAAUUAUUCUCCGUCACUAAGAUUAACUCUUCUCUCCACAGUUUAUAAAAUAACUCGGAGUUUCCUCUCGCUCUGUGCAGCCUGAGCCACGAUCACUGAUUCAAGGUGCUGUUAGCAAAGAGCGGAAUAUCUUUCACAUUUGUGAUGUUUGACCAGCAGAGGACCAGAGCACAAAGCAACCAGCUCCACGGGAUCAUAUUUGUACUGUAAAUUAUCUACAAAGGCUUAAUGAGGUUAGAAUCGGAGGAAAAGCACAAAGCUGCUUCCGAGUUGUUCUUCUCGCUUCGGUUGUCAACAAACAAAAGUGUGGACUGGGAAUGUUUCUCGGCCUGGAGAACUUUUUUAAAGAAUGGAACCUUUUCUAACGGACUCGUGUUUUACCAUCUGAGAUUCCAAAGUUUCCUAAACUUCACUAAUGUCUCUCGAUGCACAAAUAUGAGCAUGAAGACAAACAAGGACUCGACCGCUCAGUGGGGACACAGACAAUGAAACACUCGAUGUAGCAACAGUUUUUAAUUUAACUCUGGAAUAGAAACGUCUGCGAUUGACAAUUUAUCUUAUUGAAUGUUUCCUUUUUGUUUUUCUUCAUCAGAUUGUGGUUGAAAAACGUAACUUUUGGGAUUUCUUUUCAUUGAUUGUAAAUUUAGAUUUUGAAUGAGAAGCAAGAAUUCAAAAAAAGGAAAGAAAAAACACCUUGUAUUUGUAGCAGGUUGUUUUUUUAAUCUUUUUGAAGGCCUUUGUUUCCGAAGUGCUGAAUCGUGUUUCUCAGCUCCGUCCUAAACUCACUGAUCUGUGAUGAACUCAAAUCUUUGGUGAUUUUUUUUGAAAAUAUUAACUGAACACAAACAUCUCAAAUCUCCUUUUCAAUAAUACAGAUUAAAAAUGUAAAUAAUAUCCAACGUUAUGUCCAAAUCUUCAAGGUUGUUGAUCAAAUCCAGAAAUCGAAUGGAAGCAACAAAAAAAGUCACAAAUACAAUUUCAUAUUUUUUAUUUAUGCAGCUUUGAAUUAGAAAAAUAUAUUUUUGUUUCCGUUAAAGCUGAACCAAAUUCAGAGCAACAUGUAGUCAGUAUUUGAAUAAAACUUCCAGUGCCUCCGCAGUGCUGCUCCCAUGUGUUUAUUUGAUGUUUUGACUUUGCUGUGUAGUUUGGAGGAUUUGUGCCCGUGUGCAUCGUGUGAUCCUUUCACGCAGCCUUUAUUUGGCACUGAACAAAGUCAAAGCUUUUUCUUAAAGUUCGCAAACUGACUUUUCCUCUUGUUUUCUUCUUCAGAUUUGAUUCUGUAGUUUUGGUUUGCCUUCUUCUCGCCUGUUGUGUUACAAUUGUUCUGCGAGGAACAAAAAAGGGACAGGCGGCCUUCCGUCAAACUCUUGAGAAAUGUAAUGAGGUGGGCUAGUGGCGCUCUGUGGGAAUCGAACCCUAAACCUCUGGAACAGUAUUGAGCUCAUUAGGGCUGUUGAGUGUGUUGAACUUUCAUGUGGUUUCCACCCGAUUCGAUAUAACUAUCUUUACUCUGUUACAGUUUCAGCUGUUUUUAUCAACAACAGUAGCAGCAUGUGAAUAAAUGAUCUAUGUUUCUAA